UCCUCAUCGAAACGUUUUAUAAUCUCGUCUCGUCUCAUCUCAUCUCAUCUCGCUCAAUUCAACCCAUCUUGAGAUUUCUUCAUUCAUCCACACCCCUUUUCCAUUCUUUCUCCAAAUUCACCCUCAAUCCUUUAUUUAUUUCUUUAUUUUCCCCCCUCCCAUUCUCGCUUUCUCCGAAGAAGGAAAAAAAAAAAAAAAAUUUCUUCUUCUUGUUUUUGUUUUUGGAUUGGUUGUCUGAAUCGGUUAUUGCGUCAGGUGCCACAGCUAUGCAGAGCCAACUUGUGUGUAAUGGUUGUAGGAGCAUUCUGCUUUACCCUAGAGGGGCAACCAAUGUUUGUUGUGCAUUGUGCAACACAAUUACCUCCGUUCCCCCACCUGGGAUGGAAAUGGCUCAAAUUUAUUGUGGAGGCUGUAGGAUAAUGCUAAUGUACACACGUGGAGCUACAAGUGUGAGAUGUUCCUGCUGUCACACUGUAAACCUUGUUUCGGCAUCCAAUCAAGUUGCCCAUGUCCAUUGUGGGAACUGCCGGACAACACUCGUGUAUCCAUAUGGAGCUCCAUCAGUCAAAUGUGCUGUUUGUCACUAUAUUACUAACGUCAGUAUGACCAACGGAAGGCUUCCAAUUCCUGUUCAUAGACCUAAUGGGACAACCAACUCUGGAACUACUUCAACAUCAGUGCCCCCAUCACAGAGCCAAACAGUGGUGGUAGAAAAUCCAAUGUCUGUUGAUUCAAGUGGGAAACUGGUGAGCAAUGUUGUUGUUGGCGUUACAACAGAUAAGAAAUAAUGCUCUCACAUAUAAAAGAUACAUUGUAUGAGGCAUUAUCACAGUUUCUGUCACAGGAAGAUAUUGUUUGUGUAUAUGAAUAUAUAAUAUUGCUGCCUGCAAUGGUUUAAUUGAAAUGAAUCCUUUUCCAAUACUCGGGUUAGAUGGAUAUCGUUGUGUAUGUAUAUGAAGAGGACAGGCCGUGAAAAGCGCAUUAAGCGUGUUGUUUUGUGUGAUUGCCAGAGCCCAUUUUGUUGUUUCCUUUGUAUCUAUACCCAAAUCAAUUAGUUCAUUCAGAUUUUAUCUUGACUUGCAAGUUUUUCAUGACUU